AUGUACCGCUCAACCAAAGGAGCAUCCAAGGCUCGACGGGACCAGAUCAACACUGAGAUCCGGAACCUGAAGGACUUGUUGCCCAUAUCCGAAGCAGAUAAAGCGCGGCUCUCAUACCUGCACAUCAUGUCUCUUGCCUGCAUGUACACCAGGAAAUCCGUCUUCUUUACUCAAGAAGCGGGAACUGCUGCUGGUGUUGGAGAGAGUGCACAGUUUCUGUCUUUCCACGAAUUGUCGGAGUUUAUGCAGGCGCUGCCGGGGUUUCUGAUGCUGCUGACCGGGGAAGGGAAGCUCCUGUACCUGUCAGAGAGCGUCACCGAGCACCUCGGACACUCCAUGGUGGAUCUUGUGGCACAGGGAGACAGUGUGUAUGAUAUAAUCGACGCCUCAGACCACUUAAUCAUGAGGACCAACCUGUCAACCUCUACAUCACUUGAAACAGAUCGUCUCUUCCGCUGUCGUUUCAACACAUCCAAGUCCGUGCGGAGGCAGAGUGCUGGGAACAAGCUGGUUCUGAUCCGAGCUCGCUGCCUCAUCCCCCCCUCCUCCGCUCCUGCUGCCGGGUCCUACUGGACCUCCAACCCUGUCUGGGUGUGUUUCUGCUCUCCUCUGGAGCCCCACCCGACCCGCACCGGCCCCGGGGCAGAGAGGGAGUCAACCUCUACCCCUCCCCUGACUGACACCAACUUGUUCCUGGCCUGUUUCCACUCGCAGCAUGGCCGGGACAUGAGGCUGCAGACUGCCCAGGAUAGUGUGAGCGCCUAUCUUGGCUUUGAUGUGACAGCUUUACGCUCUUGCUCCUGGUACAGCCUCCUCCACCCACAGGAUCUGUCACAUGCCUCUGCUCAGCAUCGCAGCCUAUUGAGAGAAGGAGGAGAGGGCAGAGCUGAAAUGGUGGUGCGUGUGCAAGCUCAGGACCAGUCGUGGGUUUGGCUCUACAUGGUGCUCCAGCUGCAGCCUGGAGAAAUCCCCAUCAGCAGCAACAACUACAUCAUCAGUGAGUCUGAGGCUUGGUCAGUGCGUCAGCAGCUCAGCUCAGAGCAGACCCAGCUGACCCUGGUUCUGAGUUCUGGUACCUCCCAACAGGAGAGUCUGAGCCUUCAGUCCCCAGAAACCCUGUCCAGCCCAGACCAAGUCUUCACCCCUGGCAGCAGCGGCCUAUCUGCCCAGUCCUUUGACUUCAGCACUGCUGGCUGCAGCGUUGGCUCCUCUGAUGAACCAGGGAGCUCUGCUGCUGAAGCCAUGAGGCUGGAGGGUGACCCUCGCUCCAGCAUCUCCUCUCUGGAGGAAGAAAGCUUAUUUCAGCAGCAUCCCACUGAAAGCCCCUCAGCUGCCUCCUCUCCCACUCCAGUCACUGUUGAAACAGUAGCAGACUUAGACUUUUUAACCCAGAACAUUCUCCUGCCACCCUCCUUCCAGCUCGACCCUCCACUGCCAGCUCUCCCCCUGCCACUCCCUCCUGUGCCCACCCCACAAGCUCAGCAGAGCAAAGAGUUUGUGUGCACACCACCCUACACACCACAGAUCAGUGGAGCUAGCUUCCCAUUUGGUGAACCCCUCUUCAGCUUUGACCCCACCGGUACAACCACUCCUCCUCCCUCUGCUACCACAGCCACUGCCACCACCUCCAUGGCCCCCGCAGCUUCCUCCACAGCCCCACCAACUACCGCUUCCAGCCCUUCUCCCCCCACCACCCUGUCUACCAAACUUGCCCUUGCACUACCAAACCUCACCACUGACCUCCUCUUCCCUAUUGACCCCUGCAGUGGCUCUCUUUAUGAGAAAUUGCCUCCUACACCUGACAGCCCUGGAGAUGGUGACUGCACAGUGAUGACCCUUCCCGAGGUACGGGGUCCUCUGUAUGUAGAUGUGCCACUAGGGCCCCUCCAGUGUCCCCCUGAGGGCCUCCUCACCCCUGAAGCAUCACCUGGUAAACAGCCCUGCCUCUCCUUCUUCUCCCUAGAGCGAGAGAGGGAGAAGGAGAGGGCAGAAAUCUCCCUCUUAGCUCAGCAUAUCAGCUCACUGGCAGAGGGAUUCUACCUGGAUCCACUCUUGUCCAAAGUCUCUCCUCCCUCCAUGUCACCCUCAUCCUCCCCUCCCUCCCCCUUCCUGUCUCCUGCCAUAGAGACCACUGAUAUUGAUUCAGUCCACAUGCUUAGGGAGUUUUAUCCCAUCAAAGCAUGGAGAGGUCUGGACAUUCCCAUGUUCCUCGAUGAUGAUGACUCUCUGUUUGAAGAGAGCAUCCUAGAAACCCUCAUCCAAGACGACUUUGCUCCUCCCCAGUCCUCCAUCAUCUCCUCCCCCUCCCCCUCAUCCUCCCCUAUGCCCAGUCCUUCCAGCCCAAUCUCUCCUCAAACCCCAGUGUGCUGGCACCAACCCUCCCAGUUUGAGGGAGUGGGCCACUUCUGUAGCGUCCAAUCGGCGCAAUGUAACUCCAUGGCUGGGUGCGGGGCGACUAUGGCUGCUGAGGCUGGGGCAAUGGCGGAAGGGGAGGGGCUAGCGGAGGAAGCAAUGGAGAUUGAGGUGGUGUCAUCUCCUGUGUCCUCUUGCUCCUCCAUCCCAGCUUCCCCUCCCCUCAUUCUCACUGCCUCCCCAAGCCCCGCUAUCUCCACACCCAUCGCCUCGCCCUUGCCCGCCGUGUCUUGCACUCAGUCCCUCCUGGAGGAACUGGCCGUUCUGGAACCCAUGUUUGGGGCAGGUGCCUCGAUCGCCCCUGGCUUAGGGCAACAACCUGAGUUGUAUCAACUCCAAUGUCAUCCAUCGCCACAGUGCUUCCAUAAAGAUGGGAGUGGAAGUGUUCCUCCGUUCUAA